UAUAAAAAAAAUACACAGAAAUCACACACACACACACACACACUGUCUCUCACUCUCUCUCUCUUCUUGAUUUUUUUUCGUGUUUCUCUCUCUAAAACAUUUCUCCUUCCUCCAGGAAACUAAAUUUCCAGACCUAGAAAAUCUAGGGUUCUCAUUCGUUUUGGUCUCGAAUUUGUUCUAUUUUCUCUCAGAUCAUCUCAAGAUAUACAUAGAGAUGGGUUUUAUUUGCUGGUUCAUCUUGUAAUCAAAUGAAUACUGUUCUUCACUGAGCUGUGGGAAAAAAAAAUUCAGCUGGGUCGACUCGGUGAGCUUCUGAUCCGAUUUCUCGAUUCAAGUAAAGGUACACUAAAUAAAGUUAGCUUUGAGCUUUGAUCGCCUCUCGGUUGUAGGGUUUUGUUAUCGAAAAUGGACAAUAGAACGGUGUCGAAGGAAGAAAGUCAUCGGAAAAGUGAUUCUCCGGUAUCUGCAUCAAAAUCUUUAGGUUCGCUUGUUCGAAUUAAUUCAAUAGCUAUAGACAUCACUAGUGCUGUGGAAGAUAUCGAGUCACCAAUACAUGAGCAUUUUUCGAUACGUGGUUUUGUUGCUGGGAUGAGGAAAAAGAAUAGGAUGACAUGUUUGCCCUUUGCAUCACAAGGCAAUGAUGAUGAGCUGGCGGAUAAUCUGCCUCCGUUAGUUGUUCCUAGAUUUCAGUGGUGGCAGUGUUCAAACUGCGUUCCAGAAAUUAAUACGAAGAGGAGUAGAGACGAAACGGUAUUGCUACUCACAGACGACAGAAGUGACGUCGGUACAAGUUCUUGUCCGAAUAUCGUUGCAGAAAAAAACGACUUGUUCUUAGGCGUCAAGGAGAAUAUAGACAACUGUCCAAGUAAAACUAUCAAGUAUUCUAAUUCAUGCAGCAAAGACAAAGGAGUAAAUCCACGUGAUAACGUUGCAGUGCGUUCUUUGUGCAUAGUUGACGAGCAAGAAAAUGCAUCGUCUGGAAAAGACGGUUCCUUUAGUGCAUUUCCGCAUAGGAGAAAGCCGAAAUUGCGUUUUCUGGCUGAUAUAAUGGUGGAGAAAGAGAAUAAUUCAACUAGUGAUAAUGUUAGAACAAUAUCUGUUGAUCAGAAGAAAGCAGUUUCAGAUUCUGCGGAAGUUUCUAGAAGUCCUCAAAGUAAAAGAAAGAUGGUUCUCGAAGAAGAUGAAGACGAAAGAGGAGCCUCUGCUAAAAAAAACAGAACCCUUGUACUGCACGCAGACAGAAAAUGCAGGAGGGUUCGAAAUUCCGAAUCCGAAUCGGAAAAAGACGCACCUGCAAGAUUGGAUUUUAAACUUGGUGCAAGGGUUGAGAAAAUCAAGAAGAAAAGAAAUAAAGGUCUUGAUAUUAGUAAAAAGGCGACGAGGCCUCACACCUUAAACACUGAAGAUAGAACAGCUGUCUCUGUUUCGACAAUGGGAGGAUUAAAGACGAACGAAGCUGAAGCUAAUCUCGUACCUUUAUUAAUGGGGACGAGCAUUACUAAAGAAUCGAGCAUUUUAGGAGAUUGCAGCACCAAAGGGAAAGUGGGGUUGGACCUUUCCCUCAACAGCUUUAUGGAGGCUGACAUCAUCAAUUCCAAGAAUCGAGCAUCUUUCGUGCAGUUUAGGGGCAUUCCUGAUCUCAAUGAGGAGUUUCCUCAGAGGACUAAUUAUUCUGACAAGAGGAAUUUUCCUCUGCAUAAUAAAACUUCUUCGGAUGCGUUUGCAUCGUACAGUAAAGAGUCAACUAGAGAAGGCAAAGGGCAUUUCGGAGUUUACGAGCCACAAAAGAAAGAUAAUUCCAUGGAAAUCGGAACUUCAGAUGAUAUUCCAAUGGAAAUAGUUGAGCUAUUGGCCAGAAACCAACACGAAAGGGCACUCGGAAACACAAGGCGAGGGUAUUCCGGUCUUUACAUGGAUCAACGCCCUGGAAUGAUUAAUUUCCCUCUGGCGGGCAGAAACGGUUCAACGCUAGGAAAUGGAAAUGUGGGAGUGAGACAAAACAUUAAUAAUCCCUUGAUUAAUUUAUCGCAGUUUAACAACAAGUACUCCCAAAUCGAAAUCGGCAAACCAGAGGAGAGACAAUUCGGAUUCUUCAGUACAUCUACGUCGAGACAACAACAGAUUAAGAAACAUUAUCCAGCAUCAGGUUCCAUCUUGAUCGGGCAGAGACCUAGCACAGGGGGGGCGGAACUAUUUUGGCCCCCUACAAGAGAGAAUGUGCCGUUUCAUCUUAGCACAAAUAGGAUGGGCGUUGUUGGUCCGUAUUCAGACCAAUGCUACAAAGGAAAGAAUACCGUAAUAAGCGAUCAUCAUACGAAGGUUGUCAAGGGAAAAAAAGCAGCGUUCGAAGAGGGGAGAGUGGGGUCCACGUCGUCAGCAGCUUCCGGAAGGUCUUUGGAACAUUACUCGAACGAUACGAUUCCAGCAAUGCAGCUGCUGUCUUUGAUGGAUCAGAGAAUUGUAUCGGGAUCUUCUUUUGAAGUGGGCCCGAAAAGAUUUCUUGAUAGCCCGUUUUCUUCUUCCAACCAAAACCGACAGAUAAACGGGAAGGAGAACCAUAACUUGAAAGACUUGUCUUCUGGAUUUCGUUAUGGUGGUGCUUAUUGUGCCGGCGAAAGCUCAAAGAAAGAUUCUUCUUAUGUACUAGGUCAAAGAUUAGACGGGCUUGUGAUUCAGCCGGAGAGGAGUAAUUUACGGUUAGGUCCUUGCACUCUUAACCGCAACCCUGCUGACUUCAGCAUUCCCGAUGCGGGAAAUGAAUUCACUCUAACUGCGAAGGAUUUGAAGUUUAGAAAGAGAUCAAAUGCUUCGAAAGAAAAAAUGCGUUCGUUGAAUUUGGCGAACAGAGGAAGAAUGAGAAAGGAUGUUUCGGGAAAAGAGUUUUCGAGAAAAUGAAUAAUUGUUCGGGUUUAUGCUCUUCGAGCUCUUAAUUUAGAUUCUCACAAUCUAGAGACAAUUUUUUUUUUUUUAAAUAUAAAUUGUUGUAUCCGAAUUUAUUUAUAAUGUAUUAAGCUGCUGGUUUCGUCUCCGGAUUUCUCAAUAUUUAUGUACAAACUCCGAUUACGACUCCAACUUGCACAUCCCUCGAGUCGAUGCAAGAAUGGAAUAAUCUUGAAAUUAAUAGCUUCAAA